GAGACCCCAGUCCACUUUCUCAACAGGUGGUUCGGAUCCUGCUGGGACUCGUACAAGGCCCCUUUUGGCUGGUCAUUGGAGAUGGAGCGCCAGGAGUUCAUCAAUGGCAACUUCAGGGUGGUCAAGGCCAUGAAAGACCCCUUCAGUCCCACGGACUUGUUUACGCAAGAUGACUGUUUCAGCUUCUGGACGCCUGUCAAGGGGCAUUUCGUUUGGGUAUUCUACAGACAGCCGAUCCAAGACGGGGAAGCCUUCCAA